CCCAUUGGCUCCCGGCCCCGCCCUCCCGCAGCUCGCCCGCCCCCAGACCGUGGAACCCGCCCCCCGGCACAGCGAGGACGGGAGAAAAGGCGGGAACCGAGGCUCCACCGUGACGUACCCGCGUCUCCUCUUGAAGGCGGGUGAUGGCUGCGCCGACCAGGGUGCCAGAGGACGUGGGUGCUGAGCUGCUGGGCCCAGCUGGCGGUGCCUGCCUGCCCCCAUGCCAGCUAACGGAGGAGGAUGCGAGCGCCCACCCUGGCUUGACCAACCUGCUGCUCGGCCUGACCCCCUAUCUGGACCUCAGCGGGCUCAGCGCCCCCCUGGCCCGCCAGCUGGAGCAGGCGGGGAAGGAGCUGCAGCUGCGUCGGGCAGCUUGGCUGCGCUGGGAGGCCCUGCACCGGCUCCUGCAGGAGGCACUGAUGGAGCAGGGGGCUGGCACGGAGGACGCCAGCCCUGCCCCGCCGGACAGGAAGUUCCUGGAGACGCUGGAGCAGCGGCUGCUGCUGGGGGAGCUGAGCCGCAUCCUGGAGCCGGGCCCUUCGCUGCGUGGCUCCCAGCCCCCCCUGCUGGGCCUGGGGGCCCCUGACCUGCUGGCGCUGCUGCCCCCGAGCCAGGACCUGGCGCGGCUGCAGCAGCGCCUCCCCCAGGAGCUCGAGGAGCGGCUGCGGCGCAAGGGGCUAGCCCUGCUGAGCUACCACCGGCCCGAGAGCGACCGCGCGGGGGAGACGGCGCGCUGCGCCAUGCUCUGGACCCUGGCCGAGGGGCUGGCAGCGGAGCAGCGGCGCCGGCAGGCAGCCCGGAGCCGGCGCCGGGACCUGAUGGGGCUGUUGGAGAGGCAGAGAGCCGCCUACCCCCAGGUAUGGGCCGGGCGGGGAGGGGUGGGGCGGGGCCACCCCUCUGAGCCGCUCAGCCCCUCUCUCCCCCAGGUUCUCCUGCACUGCCUGGGCCUGCUGCAGCGCCUGGCCCAGGAGCACCGGCUCGGCACGCAGGCUGCGCUGGACCGCCUCAACACCCACUACCUGGAGGUGAAGUGCAGCGCCAUGUUCCUCAAGAUCCGGCUGGAGGAGCUGAGCGUGCUGGUGGACACCUACUCGCCGGAGAAGGUGGAGGUGCAUCGGGCCAUCAGGGCCAGCCUGCAGGGCGCCGUGCAGCAGCAGGAGCAGGAGCUGGCCACAGCUCGGAAGAUCCUGGCCGCCUACGAGAGCCUGGGGCCCGAGUUCGAGGGGCUGGUGCAGGAGUACGCCCAGCUGUGCGGGAGCAUCGAGAACAAGCGCUGGGCCCUGCAGGAAUUCAGCAAGGGCUGCCACUGACGGGGGGCUCGGGCCCCACUUUCCGGGGCUCAAAUAAACAUGGCGAUGGAUCCCCUG